UUUCAUAUUACAACACCAGGCCAAAAUCUCUCCUUGAGAUCCCCGUCCACUGCCCUUUUCUCACUCCCCAUUCAGGGCUUCGUGCUGUGCCAUUCCAUUGCUGGAGGGACAGGCUCUGGUCUGGGCUCCUACCUCCUAGAGAGACUGAAUGACAGGUACCCUAAGAAAUUGGUGCAGACAUACUCGGUGUUUCCCAACCAGGACGAGAUGAGCGACGUGGUGGUGCAACCCUACAACUCCCUCCUCACCCUAAAGCGGCUGACCCAGAAUGCAGACUGUGUGGUGGUGCUGGACAACACAGCCCUGAACCGGAUCGCCACAGACCGCCUGCACAUCCAGAACCCAUCCUUCUCCCAGAUCAACCAGCUGGUGUCCACCAUCAUGUCAGCCAGCACCACCACCCUCCGCUACCCUGGCUACAUGAACAAUGACCUCAUCGGCCUCAUCGCCUCGCUCAUUCCCACCCCUCGGCUCCACUUCCUCAUGACUGGCUAUACACCUCUCACCACGGACCAGUCAGUGGCCAGUGUGAGGAAGACAACGGUCCUGGAUGUCAUGAGGCGGCUGUUACAGCCCAAGAACGUGAUGGUGUCCACAGGCCGGGAUCGCCAGACCAACCACUGCUACAUCGCCAUCCUCAACAUCAUCCAGGGAGAAGUGGACCCCACCCAGGUCCACAAGAGCCUGCAGAGGAUCCGGGAAAGGAAGCUGGCCAACUUCAUCCCCUGGGGCCCAGCCAGCAUCCAGGUGGCCCUGUCAAGGAAGUCCCCUUACCUGCCAUCAGCCCACCGGGUCAGUGGGCUCAUGAUGGCCAACCACACCAGUAUCUCCUCGCUUUUUGAAAGUUCCUGCCAGCAGUAUGACAAACUAUGGAAGCGGGGAGCCUUCCUCGAGCAGUUCCGCAAGGAGGACAUCUUCAAAGACAACUUUGAGGAGAUGGACAGGUCCAGGGAGGUGGUACAAGAGCUCAUUGAUGAGUACCAUGCUGCUACAAGGCCAGAUUAUAUCUCCUGGGGCACCCAGGAGCAGUGAUUAUAGUCUCCCACUAUGCCUGGACCCUCACAACCUUAUCUUGCGUUUCUAGGCACGUGACCACCGCAGCUCCUAUCUUCUCUUGCAUGCCUAGUUCUUAUUUUGCUUGGUUCCUUCUAAUAAAACAAUAAAGCUUGAUGAAUA